AGAUCUCCAAACCUCAUUACCGAAGCAGAAACACAUGUAAAAAGCCUGAGAGACCCAUAUCUGCAAAUUCACUCUGUUUUUUUUUUUUUUUUUUUCUCCUCCUUUCCUUGGUUGUGUCCCCUUCUUCUAUUCAUUUGCUGUUGUCGUGUGUUGGAUAAUUCCUCUGAACGUGGUUUCUUGGACAUAAUUUUCUGUGCUUCCUGCAACUUGCUCUCAUGCCAUUUUCAAAUGAAUGGUACCUAUUAAUUGUGAUUUUUCCCUUCCUCUCCUGGCCUUCAAUUCAACUGGGCGGCCGUGGCUCUCUUUGAAUUUAUCGCUAGGUGAAGAGCACCCAGAAGUUGUCAGCAUCGAAUCUUCUCCUAGCUUGGGAUUCAAGUGGGUAGUCCUCUUCCAAUUUAUGUCAAGUGAAAGAGCACCAUUCGUUGACUAUUGUAUCUCUUUCUUUUCAGGCGUUUCGAUGCUUUCUGAGCAUGAAAGGUAGAAUUUUGUGUGAUUGCAGUACUUGAAUUUAACGUGUUUCGUCGAAUUAUUUCUUAAAUAUAUGAUUUUGGAGCUUUCCAAGCUGUGCGCUCAAAGUCAAGUUAGGAAUCAAAGAGAACUGGGUUGAUAGCAAACCUGAGGAGGCUUUUAAUUGGAAACAAAACCAUAUAUGGGCAGUUGGAUUAUGGGUUGUCUUCUUUGUACCUCAUAUUUUAUUAAGUUUUAGCUGAACUUAGGACAAUUCUGCUUGUCAUAUCUUCUUGUCCAUUUCCUUAGCUUGUUUAAGGUUUGGGCAUUUCGAUCCCGUCUUAAAAUGUCAACGGUCGAAGGGCGUUGUUGCUCUUUCGACAUCCGCCUUCCUCCUUUCUACCUCUAGUUACAAUACUUCUUUUUAUUGGGUGGCCAAUUCUAUUCUUCUCACUAUACUUUUGAUUUUCCCGAGACUGUUAAGUUCUUAGAGUGGGCCAUGGAAACUUGGGGCUUCUUUCGUUUCAUAGGCCUUUUGUGGUUGUCUGUUCUCCUUUUGUCUGCAAAAUGUUUGGCUAGCAUUCAAAGUGUAGGAAAAAUUCAGCCCGGGUUUCAAGCGUCUCAGAUGAGAUAUAUUGACAAUGAUGGGCUAUUUCUCUUAUCCGCCAAGAAGGAAUUUGCUUUCGGCUUUGUCACUACCCCAGAUGUGAGAUUGUUCCUGCUAGCAAUCAUUCACACGAGGAGUUUGAAAGUAGUCUGGUCUGCAAAUAGAGGCUCCCCAGUUACAAAUUCUGAUUAUUUUGUGUUCAAUGAAAAGGGUAAUGUAUUUUUGCAAAAAGGAAACGGUGUGGUUUGGUCAGUAGAAACUGGUGGCAGAGUAGUUACAGCAAUGGAAUUACACGACUCGGGGAAUUUGGUUUUGCUCGGGAAUCAAAGUACAUUAAUCUGGCAGAGUUUUAGUCAUCCCACAGAUACCCUGUUAUCGAACCAAGAUUUUUUUGAAGGACUGAAACUUAUAAGCGAUCCUAGCUCCAGUAACUUGACUUGUAUUCUGGAGAUCAAGUCAGGGGACAUGAUACUUUCUGCGGGUUUUCAAACUCCACAACCAUAUUGGUCUAUGGGGAAGGACAGCAGAAAGACCAUCAAUAAAGAUGGUGGUGUGGUCACCGUAGCAUCUCUCAGUGCAAAUUCAUGGAGGUUCUAUGAUAAAAACAAGGUCUUACUGUGGCAGUUUAUUUUUUCAGACAACACUGACACCAAUGCCACUUGGAUUGCAGUCUUAGGAAAUGAUGGCUUCAUCUCUUUUUACAAUCUCCAAGAUGGACAAUCGAGUGUUACUUCACCAACAAAAAUACCAAGCAACCCAUGCAGCAACCCGGAACCUUGUGGUGCAUACUAUAUAUGUUUCAGCGACAACAGGUGCCGAUGCCCUUCGGUUCUUGCCUCUUCUUCAAAUUGCAACAGCGGGAUUGUCUCUCCAUGUGGUCGCUCAAGGGUUUCUACAGAACUCGUAAAUGCUGGGGAUGGGCUUAACUACUUUGCACUUGGGUUCCUUCCACCUUCUUCUAAAUCUGAUUUGAAUGGUUGCAAAGCGUCCUGUGCUAGUAACUGCUCAUGCCUUGCUUUGUUCUUCAAGAACAGCACGGGAGAUUGCUAUCUGUUUGACAGGAUAGGUAGCUUCCAGAACUCUGAUAAGGGCUCUGACUUCGUUUCAUUGAUUAAGGUCUUGAGUAAUGGAGGGAGUGGCACAAAUACUGGGAGAGAUGGAAGCAGCCAAAAGCGCUUCCCAUAUGUUGUAAUUAUAGCUAUUGCAACAAUACUAGUCAUUGUUGGCCUGCUUUAUGUAGGAUUUCGUUUUUACAGGAAAAAGAAAAGAAUCCCUGAAUCUCCUCGCGAGACCUCUGAGGAGGAUAAUUUCUUGGAGACCUUAUCUGGGAUGCCAAUUCGUUUUAAUUACAGAGAUCUUCAAACUGCAACUAAUAACUUCUCAGUGAAGCUUGGGCAAGGAGGUUUUGGAUCUGUCUACCAAGGGGCUCUCCCUGAUGGAACUCGACUGGCUGUGAAGAAGUUAGAAGGCAUUGGACAAGGGAAGAAGGAGUUUCGAGCAGAAGUUAGCAUCAUUGGCAGCAUCCAUCAUCUCCACUUGGUCAGGAUUAAGGGGUUCUGUGCUGAAGGAACUCAUCGGCUUCUUGUUUAUGAGUACAUGGCAAAUGGGUCUUUAGAUAAAUGGAUAUUCAGGAAAAACAAGGAUGAGUUUCUGUUGGAUUGGGACACCAGAUUCAAUAUUGCGUUGGGAACAGCAAAAGGACUAGCUUACCUCCAUGAAGAUUGCGACAACAAGAUUGUACACUGCGAUAUAAAACCUGAAAAUGUGCUUCUUGAUGAUAAAUACCUUGCCAAAGUCUCAGAUUUUGGUUUAGCUAAGCUAAUGACUCGAGAGCAAAGCCAUGUUUUCACAACCUUAAGGGGCACCAGGGGGUACCUUGCACCGGAGUGGAUCACAAACUAUGCUAUAUCAGAGAAGAGUGACGUGUAUAGCUAUGGGAUGGUAUUGUUGGAGAUCAUAGGUGGAAGAAAAAACUUCGAUCCAGCAGAAACUUCGGAGAAAUCUCAUUUCCCAUCCUAUGCUUUUAAGAUGCUGGAAAAAGGGAAACUGAGAGACAUCCUCGAUUCACAGCUGAUGAUAGAUGAAAACGAUGAGAGAGUGUUUACUGCCAUUAAGGUUGCAUUGUGGUGCGUACAGGAAGACAUGAAUCUGAGGCCAUCAAUGACCAAAGUCGUGCAAAUGCUUGAAGGUCUCUGUGCUGUUCCUCAGCCUCCAACUUCCUCUCCACUGGGUUCCCGCCUAUAUUCAAGUUUCUUUAAAUCAAUCAGCGAGGAAGGCACUUCCUCAGGACCAUCUGACUGCAACAGCGAUGCCUACCUUUCAGCUGUGCGGCUUUCUGGCCCAAGAUAACAGUAACUGAAGAUGGGGGUUAACAGCAUCAGAGCCUUCGUGGACAGCUACAGUUUCCAUGUUUUAUGUUCCUGUAUAUUUGUCAGAACAAUCAAAUUUUGUAAUACUAGCCAUUGCUUGAGCUUUCUCACUUGUUCAUGCGCUCUUCCUUGUAGAAAAAGAGUGAUUGAUUAUAUUCAAUAGUGCAAAAUUCCAGAGAUUUUAUCCCA